GAAGAUUGAGAGGAGACUGGGUUCCGCUCCCCAAGUUGCUCUAGAGGAGUCAGGGAAAUCCCCGCACAACUCCCCAGUCCCAGAGACGGUGGAAAGGGUUGGGGCGGAGCCUGGAGUGGGGGUUGCCCAGCAAGAAGAGGCGGCAGGCGGACCCCGGUGGGAGGGCUGGGAGGCUGCUGUCACUUUAUGAGCCCGCAGACCAGACUGAGAGUAUCCUGCUGCGGGAGGACCGCGGCCGGCUGGGCGCAGGGCCCCCGCCUCUGGCUCACCACGCGGACCCCGCGUCUCCUCCGGAGCCUCGGUGGCGGCGGCGGCGGCGGCGGCGGAGCCUCGCCCACCUCAAUCCCCACCCUCUCCAUCCUUAGCUGUUAAAGAACAGCAGCGCCUGUUCUUCCUGGCGGACCUCGGGCGCAGAAGACGAGAGGAAGCAGGCGCAAGGGGACUGGGAAGGCAGCAUGCGCCCGCCGGGAACAGCCUCGGCGCCCACGGUCUGAGGCGGCAGCCUCACUUCGCCAUUGUGAGCCGCCGCCGGGGGAGCUCGCACGCGCCGCGGACCCCCCGGGUCCCCGUCGGCACCGUGAUGGGGCACCUGCCCGCGAGAACGCGCGGCGGCCGCCGCCUCCUGCCUCUGCUCUGGCUCUUUGUGCUACUCAAGAAUGCCACAACAUUCCGCGUAACUGUUCAAGAUGAUAAUAGCAUCGUUGUCUCUUUAGAAGCUUCAGAUGUCAUGAGUCCAUCAUCUGUGUAUGUCGUGAAGAUAACGGGGGAAUCAAAAAAUUACUUCUUCGAAUUUGAGGAAUUCAACGGCACUUUGCCUCCUCCUGUUACCUUUAAGGCUAAUUAUCAUGGCCUUUAUUACAUAAUCACUCUGGUAGUGGUAAAUGGAAAUGUGGUUACCAAGCCAUCCAGAUCAAUCACUGUGUUAACAAAACCCCUACCUGUAACCAGUGUUUCAAUAUAUGACUAUAAACCUUCUCCUGAAACAGGAGUCCUGUUUGAAAUUCAUUAUCCAGAAAAAUAUAAUGUUUUCACAAGAGUAAACAUAAGCUACUGGGAAGGUAAAGACUUCCGAACAAUGCUAUAUAAAGAUUUCUUUAAGGGAAAAACAGUAUUUAAUCACUGGCUGCCAGGAAUAUGUUAUAGUAAUAUCACUUUUCAGCUGGUAUCCGAGGCAACUUUUAAUAAAAGUACUCUUGUGGAGUACAGUGGAGUCAGUCAUGAACCCAAACAACAUAGAACUGCCCCGUACCCACCUCGAAAUAUCUCAGUUCGCAUUGUAAACUUGAACAAGAGCAAUUGGGAAGAGCAGAGUGGCAGUUUCCCAGAGGAAUCCUUCAUGAGAUCACAAGAUACAAUGGGAAAAGACAGACUCUUCCGUUUUACAGAUGAAACCCCAGAAAUGCCCUCUGGCAACAUUUCUUCUGGUUGGCCUGAUUUUAACAGCAGUGACUACGAAACUACAUCCCAGCCGUACUGGUGGGGCAGCGCAUCGACAGCUCCUGAAAGUGAAGAUGACUUUGUCAGCGUACUUCCCGUGGAGUAUGAACAUAACAGUACACUCAGUGACACUGAGAAAUCAACAUCAGGCUCCUUCUCAUUUUUUCCUGUACAAAUGAUUUUGAACUGGUUACCACCCAAACCACCCACUGCCUUUGAUGGGUUCCAUAUCCACAUAGAAAGAGAAGAAAACUUUACUGAAUAUUUGACAGUGGAUGAAGAAGCGCAUGAAUUUGUCGCAGAGCUGAAGGAGCCUGGGAAAUAUAAGUUAUCUGUAACAACUUUUAGCUCCUCAGGAUCUUGUGAAACUCGAAAAAGUCAGUCAGCAAAAUCACUCAGUUUUUAUAUCAGCCCGUCAGGAGAGUGGAUCGAAGAACUGACUGAGAAGCCCCAGCAUGUGAGCGUCCACGUUUUAAGCUCAACCACCGCUUUGAUGUCCUGGACGUCUUCCCAAGAGAACUACAAUGGCACCAUCGUGUCUGUGGUGUCACUCACCUGCCAGAAACAAAAGGAGAGCCAGAGGCUAGAAAAGCAGUACUGCACUCAGGUGAACUCAAGCAAAUCUAUCAUUGAAAAUCUGGUUCCCGGUGCCCAGUACCAGGUCGUGAUGUACCUAAGAAAAGGCCCUUUGAUUGGCCCACCUUCAGAUCCUGUGACAUUUGCUAUCGUUCCAACGGGAAUAAAGGAUUUAAUGCUCUAUCCCUUGGGUCCUACGGCAGUGGUUCUGAGCUGGAGCAGACCUUACUUAGGAGUGUUCAGAAAAUAUGUAGUUGAAAUGUUUUAUUUCAACCCUGCAACAAUGACAUCAGAGUGGACAACAUACUAUGAAAUAGCAGCGACUAUCUCCUUAACUGCAUCAGUGAGGAUAGCCAAUUUGCUGCCAGCAUGGUACUACAACUUUCGAGUUACCAUGGUAACAUGGGGAGACCCAGAACUGAGCUGUUGCGACAGCUCCACCAUAAGCUUCAUAACAGCCCCAGUUGCUCCAGAAAUCACAUCUGUGGAGUAUUUCAACAGUCUGUUAUAUAUCAGUUGGACAUAUGGAGAUGACACAACUGACCUCUCCCAUUCUAGAAUGUUACACUGGAUGGUUGUUGCAGAAGGAAAGAAGAAAAUUAAAAAGAGUGUAACACGCAAUGUCAUGACUGCGAUUCUCAGUCUGCCUCCAGGAGAUAUCUACAACCUCUCAGUAACCGCUUGCACUGAAAGAGGAAGUAAUACCUCCAUGCUCCGCCUUGUCAAGCUAGAACCAGCUCCUCCAAAAUCACUCUUUGCCGUGAAUAAAACCCAGACUUCAGUGACUUUGCUGUGGGUGGAAGAAGGAGUAGCUGAUUUCUUUGAAGUCUUUUGUCAACAAGUUGGCUCUAGUCAAGAAACCAAACUCCAGGAACCGAUUUCUGUUUCCUCUCACGUUGUGACCAUCUCCAGCCUCCUUCCUGCCACUGCCUACAACUGUAGUGUCACCAGCUUCAGCCACGACAGCCCCAGUGUCCCCACAUUCAUAGCUGUCUCAACAAUGGUGACAGAGAUGAACCCCAACGUGGUGGUCAUCUCCGUGCUGGCCAUCCUCAGCACGCUGUUAAUUGGACUGCUGCUCGUGACCCUUAUAAUUCUUAGGAAAAAACACCUGCAGAUGGCAAGGGAAUGUGGAGCAGGAACUUUUGUCAAUUUUGCAUCUUUGGAGAGGGAUGGAAAGCUUCCAUACAAUUGGCGUAGGAGUAUAUUUGCUUUCUUAACCCUGCUACCCUCAUGUCUUUGGACUGAUUAUCUUUUGGCAUUUUAUAUUAAUCCUUGGAGUAAAAAUGGUUUAAAGAAGAGGAAACUGACUAACCCAGUUCAACUGGAUGACUUUGAUGCCUACAUCAAGGAUAUGGCCAAAGACUCUGACUAUAAAUUUUCUCUUCAAUUUGAGGAGUUAAAAUUGAUUGGACUGGACAUUCCACAUUUUGCUGCAGACCUUCCACUGAACCGAUGUAAAAAUCGCUACACAAACAUCCUACCAUAUGACUUUAGCCGAGUGAGAUUAGUCUCCAUGAAUGAAGAGGAAGGCACAGACUAUAUCAAUGCCAACUAUAUUCCUGGAUACAACUCACCCCAGGAGUAUAUUGCCACACAGGGGCCACUGCCUGAAACCAGAAAUGACUUUUGGAAGAUGGUCCUACAACAGAAGUCCCAGAUUAUUGUCAUGCUCACUCAGUGUAAUGAGAAAAGAAGGGUGAAAUGUGACCAUUACUGGCCGUUCACGGAAGAACCCAUAGCUUAUGGGGACAUCACCGUGGAGAUGAUGUCAGAGGAAGAACGGGAAGACUGGGCCUGCAGACACUUCCGGAUCAACUAUGCUGACGAGAUGCAGGAUGUGAUGCAUUUCAACUACACGGCGUGGCCUGAUCACGGUGUGCCCACAGCAAAUGCUGCAGAAAGUAUCCUUCAGUUUGUACACGUGGUUCGACAGCAAGCUACCAAGAGCAAAGGCCCCAUGAUCGUGCACUGCAGUGCUGGAGUGGGACGGACAGGAACAUUCAUUGCCCUGGACAGGCUCUUGCAGCACAUUCGGGAUCACGAGUUUGUCGACAUCUUAGGGCUGGUGUCCGAAAUGCGAUCAUACCGGAUGUCUAUGGUGCAGACGGAGGAGCAGUACAUUUUUAUCCAUCAGUGUGUGCAGCUGAUGUGGACGAAGAAGAAACAACAGUUCUGCAUCAGUGACGUCAUCUACGAGAAUGUUAGCAAGUCCUAGUUCAGAACCCGGAGCAGACAGGACAUGGUGUGCACCCAUCCUCCCUUGCUUCCAGAGUUUUUUAGGGGCGCUGCUAGCCAUUUUGCUAAGAAGAGCCCCUGCUUUGUAGUAUGUGGCCAAGGAGAUAAUUUAUCUCAUUGAAGCACCGGGAAGACUUAGCCUUAAAGAGCCUCCAGUGUCUUUUGGACUCUUUUACUUCUGGACAUUGAAUAACGGACCACAUUCAACCGAACACCAGAAAGGUCCAGACGCUCUGCAAAGGGCAGGAAGCACAGCACUUCCGAAGAAGAGUUUUCUUGGCCCUUGGCUGGUUGGGCUGAGUUUUUGUUGUUGUUGUUUCUAAGUGCAAUAAUUUUUGUAUGUGUGAUUUUAUCAGGAAGUUGAAUUGUUUUCUACCCACAUGACCGAUCAAGCCCGUAGCCCAAGAGGGAACAGGCAUUGUUAGUAUCAAAUUAUACCUCAUUGUUAAAAAGCGGCAUGGCCACACAUGAGGAAACGGUAAUUCUGCUUCACGGAAAUUGAACCGGCAAAAUCUGUACUCCGACAUUCAGAUGCUGGAUCAGGAGGGGGGGAGGGUGCAGGGGGGAAGAGAGAGGGGUUUUACCCACGGAUCAACUGCAUAUCUUUUCCAAAUAUGAAGAGCUGUAAUUCAGCUUCAAAGUAGAGUAGGAAAAAUAUUUAAGUCUUAAUUGUUCUAGUUCUUGAUGGUUUUCUUCCUUAUUAACAGCUAAGUGUUUUUUCCUUGGCCCCCUUGAACUAAUGUCACCCUCCAGAUUCUUUUUCAACAAAUCAGAUCUGGUUCAGAAUGGUUUUAAGAAGGACUCUUUAGACUCCACUGCUGUCUGAGCAACCCUGGUGCCUGGAGUUUGCAUUCCUUUAUCUGUUGACCUGCAUAUAUGUGAAAGCUGUUUCUUUGAGAACUGUAGGCUGUGAAAACGCACUUUCUUUCCCCCAAAGAGCUGGGAACUUAUGAAGUUAUGGCAAUGAGCUGCAGCAUGCUAGGACAAUUAUUUGGCGGCGUUUUGGGGUAAUAUUGUCAGGCGUUUCUAUGGAUUCCAGCGUUUGAUUUCUUUUCGUUUGGUUUCAUUUUUGGUUGUCUGUUUGAUUUUAACCAGUGUUAACUAGUAACAUUUUAUUCUUCCGAUUUUGUACAAUUACAGUACAUGACUGUGUAUUGUGACAUUUGACGGCAUUGUGAAGCCUGUUAUUUUGUGUCACUUCCUUAAAAAACAAGAGGUGAUGGUACGGAUAUACAAAGGAAAACAUUCUGAGUGGAAAGUAAACACAAGCUGACUGCUUCACUGUGGCAGCGUGGCUGUCCUGCCUCCCCGUGCGCGUGCGCGUGCUCUCCUCUGUGCAUCUGAUCUGAUGGCUGCCCCUCGCCCUGGCUUCCCUUCAUUCCCGAUCAUCUUCAUGAAGCCAUGUACCCAGGAUCAGCUUAAUAUUUUAUCGGUGACCUUAGUGGUGGUGAAGGAUGCCAAGUGAACAGCUCCACACCCUACUGUCUCUCGUCACCGAGGAGCCCUGGCCACCGCGGACCUUGGCACAGUUCUGUGCAAGACCUGGCCAGCGAGUGUCAGGUUCACCUUGCAGGGGGAACAGCAGAAGAUGCCCACACCCUGCAGGUUAACAGCUUGGGCUCCUCAGGCAUUGUCAGUUCUUACCUCCUUUCCUCUCCUUCUCGCCUCCCUGCUGCCACCUCCUCUUCUCACCCCUACCUCUUCAUUUCCCUUCUUGGACAUGUUAAUAAUGUAUCACCCACUCCAUUCGCGGGAACACACAGGGCUAAAGAGAGGUGGCGAGUGUAUGUGUGACAUCCUUAGAUUUUCACACAAGGACAGGUCAGGAGUGACGUGAGCAAACUUGGAUGAGCCGAUAAGGUGCAUGGGUAAGCCGGAAUCCAUUUCAUUUUCGUAGGCUGGAAUAUUACUUCCCCUGAAACUUAAAGCACUUCAUAAAUAUUUCAUGUUUUUCUUGAGCACCCCUUCAGUGUAGGGAUCAAAUAGUACCAGAUCAACUUUCCCAAAAGAGAAAAUGAAGUAUCCAGAGUUUAGACUGGAGACUCAAGAGUUUAGACCACAGAAAGGGCACACGAAAGCACUUUUCCAGAUGGCUCCCUCAGGGGUCUCCCCAGCAGUCACUUUGUCCAUUGGUAUGCUGGUGCUCCUGAAACUAUAGAAUUUAGAGUGGGGAAAGCAUCCAUCCAUCAGAAGGCUUGGAUUUUGAGAGAUGCAAGACAGCUCAAGAGGGGCAGAGAGAGAGUGAGAGAACCCCAAGCAGUCUGUGCACUGACUCGCGAACCAUGAGAUCGUGACCUGAGCUGAAGUCAAAAGUCAGGUGCUUAACCAACAGAGCCACCCGGCGCCCGAGAAGUCUUGGAUUUUAAUCCCAACAGAUGCCUUUGGAACUUGCCUCUCCUGAAUCUCAGUUCACCAACUGUAGCAGUGACCUCCUCAGAGCUCUCUAUUUUUCAGGUAUAAAGAGUAUCAGCAUGAUAAUUCACCCAAAGAUGCUCUGUAUCUCGUCCCUUCAGGUACCCUAAAACCAUUUUAAGCAGCUGCAUUUUCACUCCAGGACUCAGUGUGAGCAUUCAGAGCGGAGGCUGCCAGGGCCUCUGUAUUAUUAAUAAGGUGUUUUGUUUUGUAAUCAUCUGGGUCGUGCUACAACCUUCUAAACAUAGAGGCGCUUAGCACAUGCAGUUCAUACUAGCCUACGUGGUACAGAGAGAGAGGAAGACUUUAUCAUCACAAAAUAUUUAACUUGGAGUGCUAUUGAGAUCAGAUUUCCUCACUGCAAAAGUCAGUUUCUGAAGUUAAUUGAGAAACUACCAUGAAGGCCUAAUUUAUAAAUGUAAUAUCUAAUACCAACAUAUCCACCACCACACACGCUUUUAUGUAACUUGAAAAAGAAAAAGAAAAGUGACGAAUUACAACAUUUUUUUAGGACAGCAUUUUGAUUCAAGGCUUAUAAAUUUUCCAGUACAAAGUCAAUGUUACUCCUCCAAAUUUAAAAUGAGAGAAGCUAGUAAGACUAUUUUAAUCUUUUAUAAAAUCUUUUAUCAGAUUUUCUAAUGUCUUUUGUUAUAAAAGCUGUCCCUGCCCCCCCCCACACUCCCACUCCCCCAAAGGCAAUCCAUCUCUCAAGGAAGGUGUGGUAUUAACAUAUAAAGCAGGAUCUGGAGACUUUGGAUCUGAAUUUUUUGCAGACCAUAUGAUAGCUGCUUGCUAGUGGGUUGGCCCUUAGCCAAGGAGUUAAAGUUACUGAAUCCAAUCUCUAAGAGCCAAAAUCCUCCCUGCUUUCUAGCAAGGAGGCCUUCCUUUCCACCUCAGGAAACGUCUGAUGUAAUGUGCCUCAAAUUAGCUGGCUCGCUUCCUGGCUCACAGCUUUCUAGCCUGGUGUUCGGCACAGGCUCAGAGUCCAGAGGCCAUGCCCGGGACUAAAUAUAACAUCUACUUUGGCCAAAGGGGUUAUAAAGCAACCAAAACAUAACAUAUGCAGACUCCUACCCCGAGUUUUUCACAGCAUUUGACGCAUUUGAAAAACAACUUAAGUUAUGACAUCUCUGACACUGGGCCUCCCAGAACAGCCAGAGGCUUUUUGUCAGUUUCAGCCCAUGCAAUGGCAAGGCCUGAUCCCGGCGGGGCCCUCAAUUAAAGAUGGGUACGGUGUGUAGCUCGGGGAGUCGUAUCUCCAGGGACAUUAAGAAACUGAAGGUUGUCCAGGGGCGCCUGGGUGGCUCCGUCGGUUAAGCGUCCGACUUCAGCUCAGGUCAUGAUCUCACGGUUCCGUGAGUUCGAGGCCCGCAUCCUGUGGUGGCCUCUGUCUUCAGAUCCUGGCUCCCAAUCUCUGCCCCUCCCGUGUUUUCUCUCCCUCUCUCUCUCUCUCUCUCUCUCAAAGAUAAAUAAACAUUUUUAAAAAAAGGAGAAGAAGAAACUGCAGGCUGUCCAAGGCAGUCACCAGAACCAUUAGGGAUGUGGAAAACAACAGGUCAAAAUUACAAGACUUGAGAAAAGUGAGACUGUUAAGCCCGGAGUAAAGGAAGAUUCCUUUGUUUAUUCAAUCAUUAAUUCAACAAAUAUUUGUUUACCUAAUCAUGUUGAAUGAAUCAACCAACAAGGAAAGAUUUCUUGACCCUGUGCAAUAGGCUAGGCACCAUCGUAAGCACAAACGGUGCCAUAUGCUAUCUUCUAAAAAGACAUAUAAAAAUAUGUCAUGGAAUCAAUUUUGUCGUUGUUGGAAGGACCAAGAAAACAUCAGUCAAGACUUUUUCAACAUGUUUCACUUAUAUAUCUCAAAACUUAAUAUAUUUUCUGCAAUGAGGGGCCAGUGAGGAUAAUGGUGUUGGGCUUUUCCCCUAUGGUUUAUAGAACAGCAAUACUAGGUUCCCAUCGUCUUUGUUGCUCAUCAGUCACCACAGACCGUGACAUAGUCCCUCUUCCUUAAUGAGAAUCAUCAUAUAUCUCCCUGGAAGAUGGCGGAUUCUUUUCUACUGAACCCUUCCAGUGUGUAGGAUUGCCCCCUCACCAGGCAGUCCAUCGCUUCAUUUGUCAGAAAGCAUUACCAGCAUUCCCUUCCUCUGUCUGCACGUCUAAGGACUUUACUGACACUAACGAUGUAGGAGUCUGUGCCUCUCAUGGAUAUAGGCUUGAAGCCCAAGUCACUUCCCCAUUUUGGUAAAAGGGCAGGUGCCGUGUGAGUGCUAGAGUCCAGAGCUGCUUGGGACAGAGACCUAAUUUCAAGCCAUUCAAUUUGAGAAACAGCCGAUUUCUAACCCUCUCGAAAAAUGAUUUAUUUACUCAACAUCCCUUACGAGGCACUGGGGCUGUGAAGAUGGAUGAAACAAGGUUCUUACCUCAAGGAAUUUACAUUCUAUUUGGGGAAAUUUGAAGUGAAACUAAGGGCAACAAAGUGUUACAGAUGCUGUGAUAGGAAAACAUAAAGCAUCCAAUGCAGGCUCAAGAGCAGGAUAGGUGUUUGUUUUCUCGAAGGGCCAAAAAAGACUACACUGCCAUAUUAAAGUAUUAAAGACUAUUGAACUAUAUUAAGGAAUACUAAUGAUGUACACUCAUUUUGCAAUCAGCAAGCAUUCAGAAAACCCAUUGUAUCAUUCACCAGGGCCCAUGUGAGUAACCUAACCUCAAAUCCUGCCUUCUGAGACGUUUCUUUUUCACUUGACUCUAAAGUGACAAUUUCUUUCCAAGCUCCACAGACAGCUCCAGCUCAUGUGUUAUUCAGCAGAAUGCAAUGAAUUUACUGUUCCUGCAAACGUAACAGAGCCUAUUGGGGCUACAUUUUCCAGCUACUUGCGAUUAGUGCUGUCCAAGGCAAGGUAGGCAGAAAUGCUAAACUCCACUCCUUGGCCUGUGACCCCUGAUGAUCACCCAGGAGCAACCUUCCAUCUCUGUCCAUCUGUCUAUCUAUCUAUCUAUCUAUCAUCUAUCUAUUUCCAUCCCUCCAGAUCAAGAUGGUGAUGCCAAAAAUACAGAAGGAGGCUGGGGCCCCAAAUCACUACCUGGAGCAGGAAUGAAUGCCUGCUGCACCGACUCAUGAUGUGACCAAGUAACACAUUUCCAUUGUGUUCUCACAGUGAUUAUGGUAUCGUCAGCUCUGGCUGUCACCCUGCUCUUAAAUAAUAUGGCAGCACCAGGAUAUGCUUUACAACUGUGUGUGGCUUCAGUUACCGUGGGAGUUUUCCUGGGCAGUGGUGUGGACUUCCCAAUAAAGUUCCCAGAAGGCAGGUGAGAGAUGAAACAGGGCAGAGCAAGGUCACCCCGCAAUGCAAACAAGUGCUCAGGAAAAGGCCACAGGAGCAAUGAUGGUUCUUUUAAUAAAUAAAGUUUUCUAUGGAAAUAUAUGCCUUCUUCUCCAGAAGUGGUUUUCCCCCACGUUAGAUCUCUCCUUCUCUUUGUCACCCCGUUUUAAACCUUAUAACAAGACCAUUAUAUAGGAACCCCGCUUGAGGUCUUUAGCCUUGAAUGAGGCUAUUGACUCUGAAUCAAAGUCCAGGGUUUCUGUGAACGACAGGCCCCACAGUGGUUUCCAAUCAAUAAAAGCCCAAACACACAGGAGGCCGUGAGGCUCGGCAAGGGAGGUGAAGCUCAGCCAGCCGUGCCUUCGUGUCUUGUACAUCACGGUAGGUUCCAGAGCAGCGGCUAGAAGUUCAAAGCCAGCUGGCACAAAGUAUUUUUGUUCACUUCUACGAAUACCAAAAAGUCCAAAGGGCCAUUUAAACUACAGAGAGGUCACUGCAACCACUACUGCCUUUACAAAUAGAAAACAGAAUGGUCUCGAAGGGCCCCUUUAUGUCCAAAACCAAACUGGAUCACAUCCCCCCCGCCCUUAACCUGUGAGUGAACUUGGGAAGCAGCAUCGCAGAGUGGAGCGGUUUAGAACAAGGGGCUGUAGAUGGAGAGAGACUUGAGCUGAGAUUCUGUGCCUGACUGUGACUCAGUUAUCUCAUCUGUGAAAUAGGCAUGGUGAUGGUAGCUUUAUGGUAGCACAGGGCUUCAAGAAGAUAAAGGAAACAACAUGCGGUGGGGCUGAAAACAAUACCUGGAGAAACGGCAUGUUGCAUAGCUGGCGGGGACAGGCAAACCUCCCACAGUCUCCAAGGGCCAUCUUGGAAUUCUUGAAUAGAUUUGGCAAGAGCAUCUGGAGCUGGUCCCUGAACUGGGCUGGGUUAGUUUCCCCCAGGAUGACAAGUGAACACUCACCUCCAUUCCUACCACACACAGUCACAAACCUCAGAAUAUAAAGGAGGUGCAGCCUGUGACCCAGUGUGGACUCCUGGGUCAUAGGCAUGUGGUGCUGAAGCAGGAGCUGGUCCUACAGAUCAGAGUCCUGG